AAUUUGACACUUCAACUUGCUGUGCACUCUGCUAGUUGAUUCAGUUACUCACCCACUGACGUUGAGCCCGUUCUCAGUGUUUGUGGCGAGAAAAAAAUAUAUUUAAAACAAGAUCUGAAAAUUAAGAGGAUUUCAUUGCUCGCUGCUUGGCUUAUAUCCGCGCUGUCCAUUGCGUGCGGAGGUGAGGGCGUGAUCAGGCCCUGUCCAACGCGUGCGGAGGUGGGGGGGGGUGUGUGGAGGGGGCGUCGUCUGCGUGAUGUGCGGAGGGAGGGGGGGCCAGCUCCUGGAGAGGACUCGUGGCGCGUAGCACGCAGGCAUGCCCUAUGAUUGAUGGGGAAUUAGAGCUGGUUCUACAGAGUUCCUAUAAAAGAAAUCCCGAAUAUCCACAGAGUGCUGAAGUUUAAUGGCUUUCAGGUAGAGGCCCAACGACAGACAAUCACAAUGAACUCGAUUCCGUCGAUGGACAGGCAUAUACAGCAGACCAAUGACCGCCUGCUGUGUAUCAAACAGCACUUACAGAAUCCGGCGAAUUUCCAGACGGCGGCGACGGAGCUGCUGGACUGGUGCGGCGACCCACGGGCCUUCCAGCGGCCAUUCGAGCAGAGCCUGAUGGGAUGCCUGACGGUGGUGAGUCGUGUAGCGGCGCAGCAGGGCUUUGACUUGGACCUGGGCUACCGGCUCCUGGCAGUGUGCGCCGCCAACAGGGACAAGUUCACCCCCAAAUCAGCAGAGACCACCUCCUGCAGGCGCUGUCAGACUGAUUCAGCGCUCCUGUCCUCCUGGUGUGAGGAGCUGGGUCGUCUCCUCCUGCUGCGGCACCAGAAGAGUCGGCAGAGUGAGGCACCGGGGAAGCUGCCCAUGCAGCCGCCCAUGAGCUCCAUGAAGCCCUCGCUCUCCCACAGUGAUGGCCCCUUUCCAUACGAUUCCGUUCCCUGGCAACAGAACACCAAUCAGCCGCCGGGUUCCUUAUCAGUGGUGACCACGGUGUGGGGAGUGACCAACACAUCGCAAAGUCAGGUUUUGGGCAACCCAAUGGCCAACGCCAACAACCCCAUGAACCCCGGCGGUAACCCCAUGGCGUCGGGCAUGUCCGGGAGCAACCCCGGCAUCUCCUCGCCCCAGUUCCCCGGCCAGCAGCAGCAGUUCCCGGCCAAAGGGGGCUCCAGCCAGCAGUACAUGCAGCAGGGCAUGUACGGCAGGCCAGGAUACCCUGGGGGAGGGGGCUUCGGAGGGAGUUACCCAGGAGGUCCGAAUCCGCCAGGGGGAAUGGGCAUGCCCCCCCACUCCCGGACCCCUGCCGACUUCACCCAGCCCGCUGCUGCCGCCGCCGCCGCUGCCGUUGCUGCCGCCGCCGCCACGGCGACUGCCACGGCAACGGCCACCGUCGCCGCCCUGCAGGAGACGCAGAACAAAGACAUGAACCAGUACGGCCCGAUGUCUUCCUCUUUCCAGAUGGGUCAAGGCCAGGCCUACAGCAGCCAGUUCCUGAGCCAGCAGGGCCCCCGCGGCCCCCCCUCGCUCCCGGCCAGCAUGAACCCCGGCGGCAUGGGGUCCGGGAUGACCCCCUCGGGCAUGAGUGGGCCCCCCAUGGGCCUGGGCCAGCCCCGCGCCCCCGGCAUGAACCCCUUUGGGAGCCACGGCCAGAGGAUGCCCCAGCAGAACUACCCCGGCCCCCGGGCACAGGCCAUGGGCAUGCAGGCGCUGAAGAGGUCUUACCCUGGGGAGCCUAAUUAUGGAGGCCAGCAGUAUGGACCAAACAGCCAGUUUCCCAACCAGCAAGGGCAGUACCCCACCCCAAACCCCCCCAGACCCCUGCCGUCCCCUAACUACGCUGGGCAGAGGGUGCCGGGCCAGCAGGGGGCAGGCCAGUACCCCCCACCGAGUGUGGCCAUGGGCCAGUAUUACAAGCAAGAUCCCUUCAAUGGACAGAGCAACAACUUCUCUGGGAGUGGGUAUUCCUACAACCAAGGCAACAUUAAUGGGCCUCCGCGGCCCGGUAACUACCCCCACUCGCCGGUCCCGGGAAACCCCACGCCCCCCAUGACCCCCAGCAAUAUUCCACCCUACCUGUCCCCCAACCAGGAUGUCAAGCCCCCGUUCCCUCCAGAAAUCAAACCAAACAUCAGCGCCCUCCCCCCUCCUCCAACCAAUCCCAGCGAGGAGCUGCGGCUGACCUUCCCCGUGCGGGACGGGGUGGUGCUGGAGCCCUUUCGGCUGGAGCACAACCUGGCCGUCAGCAACCACGUCUUCCACCUGCGCCAGGCCGUGCACCAGACGCUCAUGUGGAGGUCUGACCUGGAGCUGCAGUUUAAGUGCUAUCAUCAUGAGGACCGGCAGAUGAACACAAACUGGCCGGCGUCGGUGCAGGUCAGCGUCAACGCCACGCCCCUCACCAUCGAGCGCGGCGACAACAAGACUUCCCACAAGCCCCUUCACCUGAAGCACGUGUGCCAGCCAGGAAGGAACACCAUCCAGAUCACCGUCACCGCCUGCUGCUGCUCGCACCUGUUCGUGCUGCAGCUGGUGCACAGGCCGUCGGUGCGCUCCGUGCUGCAGGGGCUGCUGAAGAAGAGGCUGCUGCCCGCGGAACACUGCAUCACCAAAGUCAAGAGGAACUUCAGCAGCGUGGCGGCGUCCUCCGGGAACGCCACGCUAAACGGCGAAGACGGCGUGGAGCAGACGGCCAUCAAGGUGUCCCUGAAGUGUCCCAUCACCUUCCGGCGAAUCCAGCUUCCUGCGAGAGGCCACGACUGUAAACACGUGCAGUGCUUCGAUCUGGAAUCCUAUUUGCAGCUGAACUGUGAGCGGGGAACGUGGCGAUGUCCUGUAUGCAAUAAAACGGCGUUGUUAGAGGGCCUGGAGGUGGACCAGUACAUGUGGGGCAUCCUGAAUGCCAUCCAGAAUUCGGAGUUUGAGGAAGUCACCAUCGACCCGACGUGUAGUUGGCGGCCGGUGGCGAUAAAGUCGGACAUUCACAUUAAGGAGGACCCGGACGGACCAAUGGCCAAGAGGUUUAAGACCAUGAGCCCGAGCCAGAUGAUCAUGCCCAACGUCAUGGAGAUGAUUGCACAGCUUGGGCCUGGACCCUCCCCCUACCCGUCCAUGCCCCCACCGGGGGGAAACAGCAGUGAAUAUGGCAACCAAGGCAACAGUUACCAGGGCCACGGAAACUUUGACUUCCCACACAGUAACCCCGGCGGCACUUCCAUGAACGACUUCAUGCACGGACCCCAGCUGUCGCACCCCCCCGACAUGCCCAGCAGCCUCAUGGCCUCGGACAAGCAGCUCAACCACAACAUGGCCGACACUAUGCCUCAUCCUGUCAGCACUGAUCAGUCCCAUAGCUCCAUGCCGCCGAGCUUGCACGCGCCUCCUCACCCCAGCAGCCAAUCAGGGCAGCCAUUACAUCACAGCGGUCCUCCUCCGCCCCCACGCCAGCCCCCGCCUCCACAGCCUGGUUCUAACAGCCAUCCGCACAGCGACCUGACCUUUAACCCCUCUUCCGCCUUAGAGGGUCAGGCCGGGGGGCCGGUAGCCCCCGAAAUGCCGGAGCCCUCCUUGGAUCUUCUUCCAGAGCUAGCGAACCCCGACGAGCUGCUGUCCUACCUGGACCCCCCGGACCUCCCGAGCAAUAGCAACGACGACCUGCUCUCGCUUUUUGAGAACAACUGAGGGGGCCGUCGUCCCGAGAGCUCGCUGGACUGACUGGACUGCAGCCGCUGACCGGACCGUAACUCAGUACUUGACAAACACAAAGAUGCACUCCCUCGCUCUUCUUCCUCUGCACUCCCUCACUCUUCCUCCUCUGCACUCCCUCGCUCUUCUUCCUCUGCACUCCCUCGCUCUUCUUCCUCUGCACUCCCUCGCUCUUCCUCCUCUGCACUCCCUCGCUCUUCUUCCUCUGCACUCCCUCGCUCUUCUUCCUCUGCACUCCCUCGCUCUUCUUCCUCUGCACUCCCUCGCUCUUCCUCCUCUGCACUCCCUCGCUCUUCCUCCUCUGCACUCCCUCGCUCUUCCUCCUCUGCACUCCCUCGCUCUUCCUCCUCUGCACUCCCUCGCUCUUCCUCCUCUGCACUCCCUCGCUCUUCUUCCUCUGCACUCCCUCGCUCUUCCUCCUCUGCACUCCCUCGCUCUUCUUCCUCUGCACUCCCUCGCUCUUCCUCCUCUGCACUCCCUCGCUCUUCCUCCUCUGCACUCCCUCGCUCUUCUUCCUCUGCACUCCCUCGCUCUUCCUCCUCUGCACUCCCUCGCUCUUCCUCCUCUUACAAACAUUUCAUCCUCCGGAGCAAACUGACUGAGCGUGGUUGCAAACACGCAGCUGUGGCAGUCCUGCCGGCUGCCAUAAAGUAAUAUCUCUGAACAUUAAGAAACUGUGCAGCUAUAUUCAGUUCAUUUUUAUGUCACACAGUGUUCUGUGUGAACACUAGGAAAGUGUUGUAGCAUUUUUUAUUCUUAUUUUAUUUCUCAUUUUAAGAAGAAAAAGAAAUGUAAAAAAAAAAUACUAAAAAAAACGUGCCCAUCCUGGCCAGUGUCUGUAUCCCCUUUGAACAUUACUGAAAUAUGAAAUAUGGCUUCCCAAAUAACAGGUUUUUUUGUCCAACUGAACAAUAGCACCGCUUUUCCACCGAGCGCCAUUUAAAAGCACAAGAUAAACGACAAACUGUAAACGCGUGAAGUAGAGAACAGCUCAAAGGGAAGAACACAACAGUCUGCAGGAGAAAUCGCCCCCUUUUCUAUCUUUUGUUAAACUCUGUUUUUUAUGUUCCCACUGUAAAGUUAAAAGAAAAAAAACAAAUGUCUUUAAAUGUUCAAAGGCUUUCAUCACAUUUUGAAAGCGCAUUUUCAUCAUGAUGCAGAUAAGGGAAAAAAAUAGAUGUUUUUGGCAAUUUUUGUGCAUUAUGUUUUUUGUUUGUUUGCUAUUUUUGUAAUAUGGAAACCCCAUGUUCACUACACUAAAUGAAAAAAAAAAAAAAAGAAACACACAGGAGGAUUCUGGGUAAAUGUUGUGAUCAUCUGAAAACUGCGCCUACCUGUGUUCUGUACGUAGCUGUAAUGGGCAUUUAUAUCCACACAGUGAAAUGCAGCUUUUUUUGUAUAAGACUGUUACACAGUAAUCCAGUCCCUAUCUUACCUGGCAGGGGAGCUUCUCUGGGGACAGCUGAGGGAAUACUAGGGAAAGGGGGGGCUGGUGUAGUGGGGGUGUUAUUGCAGCCCUCGUAGCCCCCGGUGCCAGCCCACAGACUGAGCCCCCAGAGCUAGAGCCGCUCCUCUGUGCUUUCCUGCAUGAGCCCACUGUCGCCUGCGUGCUCACUUUGUGCCGUUUGUCUCUCUCCUUGAUGGAUUAUGUACAGUAAGUGGUAUAAAAAGUGCAUGUGUGCCAAUUUUACCCUUGUUUAGUGAUAUUCGGAGCUAAGAUGGCGUGCUUUUUAUCAAUGACUUUGAUCGCAGCUUGUUUUUUUUUUUUUUGUUUUUUUGCUUCUGUCUUCUAUUUUGUUCUCAUUCAUUUAAUUUUAACACUAACUAUUCUCCGAAGGGAUUAUUUUCUGAUAUUUACAGUAUAUUGUUCAUUUUUGUAAUGAUUAUUGUUAUUAUUUAAUCUCUUUUGUUGUUGUUUUGCAGUGCUGCAAAUGCAUCACAGUUAGGUAAUUGUUGGGAAAUUGCUUUAUAUCACCAAAGUUUGGGAGGGAUGGAGGGAAAUGGGGCUACUGUUUCAUCGCAAAGACAGAGAGAAAAGCCGAGAGAAACACAAUUCGUCACUGAAGCAUAAAUAUAUGGUAGCCCCCUGUGUUUCUAUGUAGAUACUUUUAAACAAAUGUCUGAUAUCUGGAAGCGGAACUGUAUGAGAUUUUUCCAUCUUUUUUUUCCAAUUUCAUUUUAACAGAAAAGCGCUGUUCGGUAUGCAAAUGUAUUAUUUUAAAAAGCUAUUGUAAAUACUUUUGUGAAUAUUUUAGUAUUGUCUUAGAUGAUAUUAAUCCUGUUCAUGAUUGGUUGUCCAUGGUUGUUAUCUACUGCUUGUCUAAUACCCUGCCCCACCCCCCCCAGCACCAGUACUACCCCCACUCUAACAAACGUGCUUUCUUCUGUAUAGCAGGAAUCAAUCAAUGAGUCUCUCAUAAGCUAUGUGUUGCAGGUCUUCUUGCUUUUAGUGUUAUAUUUGUGUGUGUGUUCUUUCAUACCCCCAGUACAGCAGUAGAAUCAGAAUCUGCAAGCAGGUCUUUCUCUGCCAUAAUUUGUCAUUCAGUAGUAUGUACUACCCCCCCUGAAAUCGAUUUCAGUGUCCCUGAACAAAAAGUGUGGGCCGUCAUCAUCCUGCGUCACUUCAGCUGUUGAUCAAGCAAUAUUCCACUGUAAUCCUUCCAUGAGCACGUCACGGUUUUCAGAGUCUGUAGAGAGGCAGUGAUUGGUUCACUCGGUUCACGAUGGCUCGUUCUUUCGUUUUUACUGGAGUGCAAACACAGUGAGCAGGCUUGGAAAGCGCUGUGGUUUGACUGCUUUAAUGUGAUGGAAGAGCCGUGGUGAUGUCUCAUUUAAAGGUCACAUUGUAAAAGUGGUAUUUUAAAAAUGUAUCACAGCCUUAUGUUAAAUAAACCUAUAUGAUAUACUUUUUAUUUUUGUUAUAGAAAAAUACAACAUUUGUAAACGGCGAAGACCCUUCAAAUUUUGUAUCUCAUUUUAAAUGUUGCUUUCUGGUUUUGUAAAUUAUUUUUAUGUUUUCUUUUUUUAAUGAAAAUUUAAGGUUAACAAGCUCAUUUAAUUUGGUUUAUCUUAAUGCAGCCGUGCAUUGAAAAAGGAGCAUUAUACAAAUAUAAAUCAUAUGGCUUUUUGGAAAACGUUCCAAUUUAAGAAAGUAGUAUGAUUAAAAUAGCUCAAUGGUGCUGGUACAGUAACCGAAAAUUGUGUAUGGAACUGAGUCAAAUGAGCAGUGUAUCUUUUAAAGAUGUACUUCCGUAUUCGUUCCUUCCCCCUUUCUGUAUAUAUUAAUAGUCAUAUUUGAACUUAUUAUUUUCCAUUUCGCUUACAUUUAUGUACGAGCCAUUUCCAUGUAUUAGGCACCUCUGCAUACUGUAGUUGCACAAUCAUCAAAAAGGAAACUUGUGUCUGGGGAAAAAUAAAAAUAAAACUGGAGGACUGGAGUCUCUCCAUCAGGGCUAGACCUGAGCUUCAGGACAGGACUGGCCAUGGUGAAGAGGCUCGCGAGAGGCAUGUAUAUAUGUAAAUGACUAUAGAAACAUGUUAACAGAAGUGUGUUCAUUUUCCUCAGGAAUCUGCAUUGUUUCCUCAGAAUUGGAAAAAAAAAAAGCUUGCAACCCCCUAUCAGAAGUGAUUCAGUGUGGGAAAUGAGUCUUGCUUGUUAUCGUCUGUGGACUCCCUCAGCACUCGUUCCCUUAUGUAAUAUGCUUUUGUCCCUCUCUAUCGAUGGAAUUGGAGAAAAAAAAAACGACAACUUUGUUUUGCCUACAUGUAAUAUUUAGCCUAAGUGUGUUAGUCUCUCACCUGCAUAUGUUUAAGGUGCUACAGGAAAUAAGCGUUUAAUGAAGAGAAAACUGCGGAAAGGUGAAGAGAGAGUGGGGGCUGGAGGGGGAGGGGGGUUCAAAAAGAUUGUAACCAAAUCCAUAGUUUGUACAAUUUUUGAUAUCAUGAUCAGGCAAAAAGAAAAUAAAUUAAAAGGUACAAUCUAAGGUGAUUCAUGCAAAAGUGGCCAUUGUCUUUAUGUUUGUACAUUGUAUGUACAAUCAUUUCAUAUUCUAAACUGGUCAGAAAAAAUAAACUAAUUGUGAUUUUUAGUCUUGCAGAACUGUAUGUAGUUAGAUGAUGUGACAACCUAAUAUUUAUCUAAUAAAUAUGUAUUCAGAUGAUACCUGUA